UCUACUUCGAAGUCUCGUGUUAGUCAUAUGACAAAACUUUCACAAUCAUUUUUUCCUCGAUUUCACCCUCUAAUAUCUCAAAGGAAUGAGCCAAACGUCAUGGAAAUCUUGAAUCGUUUAGAAACUUCAAACCAGCCGGAAAUUAUCACUCAGACUGUUGAUUCGGAUGCUUUUGACUCAAACAUUACCGAAUGUCAAUCGCAACUCAAUCCCGAUUUAGUUGUGUACCCCAUGCGAUCUUUAAUCGAUGAAAAGAUCAGCAUCGUCGUUAGAGGUCUCACUCCAAGACAGCGCAUAACAUUGAAGGCAAAACUAACUGGAGAUUCCAAAGAAGAAUUCGAAUCUUACGGCCAUUUUAUCGCGGAUGGAGCAGGAAGGGUUUGUAUUGCGGAAACUCCAUCGUUAUCGGGAACAUACACCGGUGUCGAUUCUAUGGGUCUACUGUGGAGCAUGAAACUUUUACCUGGACAGAGGAAAGGGCAACGGCUAAGCAAGAAAGACGUCACAAAACCUUAUUACGUUCACCUCCACUUAUUUAAUGGCCAUGUUGAGGAUUUUGCCUGCAAAGAAGUGAAGGAACUGCAGCCGAUCCGUAGCGUGACAUUUGAGAGGUGUUACAUGACAUGUGGUGUGCGAAGAAUUCCUGUUAGGAAUGGAAGGUUGCGAGGUACUUUGUUUUUACCUCCUGGAAAAGGACCGUUCCCAGGUGAGUUGAAGAGACUGCCUGUUUAUGUUUUUUGUUUUUGUUGUUGUUGUUGUUGUUGUUUAUAGCCUUCUCUUUCUACUAAGAAAGAUCUUUUAAAGGAAUUCCCGCGUAGGCCUUCUUUAGGGCAUUACACAUCUCUUAGGGAAAGGAUCGUUGCGUGACAUAUUAAAACGAUGGCUUCAUAGGACAUCAUACCCACAAAGUUACGUUGCGAAAGGUCAUCGCAACUAGGUGGCAAUUAAACAGAAUCGAAAAAAAGACUCGGGUCUCAACGACUUACACCAAGAGAGGGUCAGGUAAAUUUUAUGCUUCCAACAAAUGAUCGUCCUAUGAUACAGAGAUAGCGCUGUUCGCAUGUUAGAGAUAGAAAUUGCUUCUUAAUUUUGCGUGGUACCAGGAAAAAUUCUGGUGUUUAAUCGGUGCAGAUGGCUCUUUCAUAAAAGUGAAUAUGACUGACGGGUUACAGAGAAAACAUUCGCUGCCCGACUUAACCGACUUAUUCCAACAGUCAAGUUUCCACGAAAGAAGGGCGGGGGGGAGGGGAAGUGGGAGUUGCAAGAAAUUGUUUGGUAUACAUCCUCCUGCCAGUUCGUGUAGCAAUAAUGAAAACGGUUGCGGGGGAUACCAUAAUACCCUGUCACCCUCUCUUUCUCUCUCUUUCUCUAUCUUUCUAGGUAUCAUUGACUUGUUCGGCACGAUUGGAGGUUUAGUAGAGUUCAAGGCCUCCCUUUUGGCCUCUCAUGGCUUUGUAGCCCUAGCCCUGGCCUACUUCGCGUACGAUGACUUGCCAAAGGUACCAACAGAACUUGAGUUGGAGUACUUCUUCGAGGCCUGUGAUUGGAUGCUGGCGCAUCCUGACGUCAUGUCCUGUGGUCUGGGAGUGAUGGGCGUUUCUAAAGGUUCGGAGUUAGCUCUUAUUUUAGCAACACAUCAGAAAGAAGUAACUGCGGUUGUGGGUAUCUCUCCUGCGCAUGCUCUCAUAGCUUUUCCGCUGAAAUAUAAAGGAGAGCCGUUGGCCUUCCUUAAAUUUGAACCGGAUCUCGUCAAGCUGUCAGAAAAUGGAGCUAUGAUCUUUAAAGAAUCAUACCCGCCGGAUGCGACUGAUGGUCCGAGACGUGCCGCUACCAUCGCAGUCGAGAAAAUUCAGGGGGAUAUAUUGCUUAUAUGCGGGGCUGAUGACCAGAAUUGGAGGGCACAGGAAAUGGCACGCAAAAUCCGUUCCAGAUUGCAUAAAUACGGAAAAGGAUCGCGUUGUACAAUCCAUACUUAUCCCGGAACGGGACAUUUGAUUGAGCCUCCUUACACACCCACGUGUCAUCUUUCCUAUCAUAAGUCGUUUGGGAUGUGUGUGGAAUGGGGCGGUGAACCACGACAACAAGCAUUCGCCCAAGAAGAUUCCUGGAAACAUAUCUUAAACUUCUUCGCCAAUAACCUGUCAUUGAAGAAUAAGAAAAGUCGUUUGUAGUUCAACAUUUAGUUCUCUAGGUGGAUUCUGGGCCAAUUUGCAUGGACGCUGAAACUUGAUUUCAUUCGAUUGAUUAUCAACUCUUCUUGAUAACGGAACGUAAACCGCCGUAGCGAUGUUUAAUUAACGAAAGAUCGCUAACAAGAGAUUAUAAUGUCUUGUCGAUUAUCAAUUUAUUGUUUCAUACGCCUGCCGACGCAGUACAAGAGUUUCUUUUUUCGAGGAAAAAAAAGUUGAGCAAUUCGUAAAUGUGUAGAGUCAUUAGGUGUCGAUAACUGAUGAUUUAGAACAUUUAAAAGCAACU